AUGUUACACUACCUGAUUAUUGCCUUCGUGCUUUUUACCUACCUGGUACCUUCAGGUGCACUCAUCGCCUCGGGCAUAUUAAGUAUGGGCGAUACACUCGGCCACGCAGCUUGGAGGUGGCUUUUCUACAUCGAAGGCGCAAUUACCAUAGCCAUUGCAGUUAUUGCUAUGUUCAUUCUUCCCGACUUCCCUGAAUCGAGCAAAUGGCUUUCACCUCUUGAGCGAAAACUAGCCAUGCAAAGAAUGAAAGAGGAUGUCGGUGUCGGGGAUAGCAAUGAAACCGAACCAAGCGGACGCACUUCUGGGCUCUGGCUAUGCUUGACAGACUGGAGAGUGUGGUGGUUUGCUCUUGCUUUGACAUCGAUCGUCGUGGCUCUCUCUUUCAACGCAUUCUUUCCAACUUUGACGGACACUCUCGGGUAUAGCAAGACUAUUAGUUUACUGUUGUGCGCCCCUCCAUGGGGAUUCGCUACCAUUGUAUCCUUCAUCAUAUCUCGCCAUUCCGAUAAAACGGGGGAGCGAUUUUAUCAUAUCGCGUUUCCUUUCACGUUCGGAAUAGUUGGUUUCAUCAUUGCAAUCAGCACCAUGAACACGGCAGCAAGAUAUGUUGCACUGUUUUUAAUGGCACAAACCUAUGCGGGUUUCAUCGUCAUGCUUGCCUGGAUUAGUAACACCUUCAUCCGUCCACCUUCAAAACGUGCUGUUGCGCUCGCUUUCAUUAAUGCCUUUUCGCAAUUGGGCAAUGUGGCUGGAUCCUACGUCUGGCCGAAAAUGUGGGACCCUACUUAUCGUAAUUCUUACGCCAUCACUAUCUCUACGGCUGGGUUGUCCAUUGUAUUGUGCUUUGUCAUGAAACUUCACUUGGUGUCCUUGAACAAAAAACUGGAGGAGGAGGAGAAUGACGCAGAGAAAGGAGUUGAAGUAACAAAGGGAUUCAGGUACCUAACAUAA